GACGGAUGCUCCCAACUGGACUGAGGUGUGAGGGCCCGAAUUUAUUGGAAUUUUUUAGUUAAUUUAUGAAUCGGAAAAAUCGGAGAUGAUUCGAAAGCGAAUCUUCCCAUCUUUUCUAGUUAAUUAGAUUUCAGUUUUUGCCCUCUUCAUCUUCAAAUAUUCUACACUUUGUGUACAUGUAAUUAUUCUGUUUGGGAGCCCUCCGGUUCUCCUCCGAACUGCAAGCACACCACUUCGCCCGCCUCGAUCUUAUCCGUUUCCUUCCGAUCUUUUCUGCGAAACCGAUUCUUCUCACCUCCUUCUCUAUAGUAGAGCGGAGCUCUCACUUCGAAGAUCCAUCAGGUGGCAGCGAUGGAGAUGGCCUUGCAGCCACGGAGGCCUUCCUUUUGUCGGAUGAUGCUUUUUGGUGGGACACGAUUCGAAAUCCGGCCGGCUACACAAUCUUUUUUAUGGUGCAAAGAAUUCACAAGAAUCAGGAUUAUGCCUCCACUUGCAGCAAGCUCUGAGUAUUCAAGGAGGCGCCCAAGAAGAAGCUCGAUUCCCCGGAUGAAAGAUUCUCAUCCUAGAGGAUUUGCACCUAGACCCCAAGUUGGAACAGGCAUCCAGAAGAAAGAUCAAUGUGAUGUUGGGGAAAAAGAAGAAUCUGAAAGCGCUAGCUCGAGUAAAUAUUCACUUUCAAGCAGUGGAAUCAAUGAAAGAAAGGUUGCUGGAGGAGGAGUGAAAAGGAGAGUGGACGUACUUGAGGAAGCGGAGGAAAAGAGUUAUGGGGAAGAUGAUAAAGAUAAAAAAACCUUUACAGGAAUGUCUUCUGCAGCUGCUGACGAUUAUGAAACUGAUGGGCAGAGAGCUGAGGAUGAGGAAGAUCAAGUAGGCUUAAGAAAACAGCAUCUAGAAGUUAUUGACAUGAUAGCCACCGCAGGAAAACAGCCAACUGCAUCUCUUAGUGAAAGGAAGGAAGAAGUUGUGGUUGGGAGAGAUGUGGAAAUAAGUAAGAAUGAGGAAUUGGGGAAAAUUAAUGAGCAUGCGGCAAUCACAGAAUCAGACAUGGAAGAAUCAUUAAUGAAACAGAAGGCAGAUAUUGAUGCACAAACACACAAACAGAUGCUAGAGCAUCUUGCUGAUGAAAACUUCUCAAGUGGGAACAAGGUAUUUGUUGUUCCAGAAGCGGUGAAGUCUGAUGAAGUUAUUGAAAUAUUCUUUAAUCGAAGCUUAUCAGCUUUGGUGAAUGAACCUGAUGUUUUGAUCAAGGGAGCAUUCAAUGGUUGGAGGUGGAAAUUUUUUACUGAAAAGAUGCACAAAACUGAACUUCAAGGGGAUUGGUGGUCUUGCCAACUUUCUGUACCUAAGGAGGCAUACAAAAUAGAUUUUGUGUUUUUCAAUGGCGGUAACAUCUAUGAGAAUAACGAUUCAAAAGAUUUUUCUUUACCUGUAGAAGGUGAGAUGGAUGAAUUAGCAUUUGAAGAUAUCUUGCUUAAAGAGAAACAAUGGGAACUUGAAAAACGCGCUGCAGAAGAAGCUGAAAGGGAAAGAAAAGCUGAAGAGCAGUGCCAAAGGGAGGCAGAGAAGGCUGCAAGUGAAGCUGACAGAGCACAGGCAAAGGUGGAGGUAGAGAAAAAGCGGGAAGCUCUUCAUCGAGUAAUGAAAUUGGCAAAGUCUGUUGAUGAUGUCUGGUACAUUGAGCCUAAUGUAUUCAAAGGCGGGGACAUGGUCAGAUUAUAUUAUAAUCGAAGCUCUCGCCCACUUGCUCAUGCUACAGAAAUCUGGAUUCAUGGUGGUCAUAAUAAUUGGAUUCAUGGGCUGUCUAUUGUUGAAAGGCUUCUUCGAUCUGAGGAAAAAGAUGGUGAUUGGUGGUAUGCAGAAGUUGUGGUACCUGACCAUGCACUUGUUCUUGAUUGGGUUUUUGCCAAUGGACCACCACAAAAGGCAAACAUGUAUGAUAAUAACAAUUCUCGGGAUUUUCAUGCUACAGUCCCGAAUUGUAUUCUUGGAGAUCUGUUCUGGAUUGAAGAAGAACAUAGAAUCUACAGAAAGCUUCAGGAAGAAAGAAAAUUAAAAGAGGAGGCUGUUCGGAAAAAGGCUGAGAAAACUGCACGCCUGAAAGCUGAAACAAAGGAAAGAACAAUGAAAAUGUUUUUGUUGUCCCAAAAACAUAUAGUUUAUACUGAGCCACUUGAUAUAAGAGCUGGAAGCAUGGUCACAGUCUUUUACAAUCCCUCCAACACGGUUUUAAGUGGGAAGCCUGAAGUUUGGUUUAGAUGCUCAUUUAACCGUUGGACUCACCAUAGAGGCCCCUUACCUCCACAGAAAAUGGUGCAUGCAGAUAAUGCUUCACAUCUCAAAGUGACUGUUAAGGUUCCUUUUGAUGCGUAUAUGAUGGACUUUGUUUUCUCGGAGAGGGAAGAUGGUGGAAUUUAUGACAACAAAAAUGGAAUGGACUACCAUAUUCCUGUUUCUGGAGGAAUCUUAAAGGAACCUCCAAUGCACAUUGUACAUAUUGCUGUUGAAAUGGCACCUAUUGCAAAGGUGGGAGGUCUUGGUGAUGUCGUUACAAGUCUUUCUCGGGCUGUUCAAGAUUUAGGACAUAAUGUUGAUAUUAUUCUUCCAAAGUAUGACUGCAUGAAUCUAAGCAAUGUGAACGACUUCCAUUUUCGCCGAAGCUUUGGUUGGGGUGGAACAGAAAUAAAAGUUUGGUUUGGAAAAGUUGAAGGCCUCUCUGUUUACUUUCUAGAGCCUAGUAAUGGAAUGUUUUCUGUUGGAUGUAUCUAUGGCAGGAAUGAUGGUGAUAGAUUUGGUUUCUUUUGUCAUGCUGCUCUUGAGUUUCUACUCCAAAGCGGAUCUUGUCCUGAUAUUUUGCACUGCCAUGAUUGGUCUAGUGCCCCUGUGGCAUGGUUAUUUAAGGAACAUUAUAUGCAUUAUGGACUGAGUAAUGCUCGAGUUAUCUUUACUAUUCACAAUCUUGAGUUUGGGGUACACAACAUCGGCAAAGCAAUGGCACAAGCUGACAAGGCUACAACUGUUUCACACACAUAUUCCAAGGAGGUCUCAGGAAAUCCUCCAAUUUCUCCUCAUCUAUUCAAGUUCCAUGGUAUUUUAAAUGGAAUUGAUCCAGAUAUCUGGGAUCCAUUCAAUGAUAACUUUAUCCCUGUAUCUUAUACAUCAGAGAAUGUUGUUGAGGGUAAGAAGGCUGCUAAAGAAGCAUUGCAGCAAAGGCUUGGAUUGAGGAGAUCUGAUAUCCCUUUAGUAGGGAUAAUUUCCCGAUUGACAGUUCAGAAGGGAAUUCACCUCAUUAAACAUGGUAUUUGGCGAACACUCGAUCGCAAUGGGCAGGUUGUCUUGCUCGGUUCUGCUCCAGAUCCUCGUAUACAAAAUGAUUUUGUUAAUUUGGCAAAUCAAUUGCAUUCUUCGCAUUCUGACUGUGCACGCCUUUGUUUAACCUAUGAUGAGCCUCUUUCGCAUUUGAUAUAUGCCGGUGCGGACUUCAUUCUUGUUCCAUCACUUUUUGAACCAUGUGGCCUAACCCAACUUAUUGCUAUGCGAUAUGGCUCUAUCCCUGUUGUACGUAAAACUGGAGGACUCUAUGACACUGUUUUCGAUGUAGACAAUGAUAAACAAAGAGCUCAGGCACAAGGUCUUGAACCAAAUGGGUUUAGUUUUGAUGGAGCAGAUCCUGGUGGUGUAGAUUAUGCUCUUAACAGAGCAAUCUCUGCCUGGUAUGAUGGUCGGGAGUGGUUUAACUCCUUGUGUAAGCGAGUUAUGGAGCAAGACUGGUCUUGGAACCGCCCUGCUUUGGACUAUAUGGAACUCUACCAUGCAGCACGGAAGUAAAGGCAUGCAAGAAGAACGUAUGGAAAAUUAGCUUAUGCAUUUUCUCCGGCGUGGUUGAAAUCCUUUUAAUAUAUGAUGUCCAACAUUAUAGUUAAAAACGCCCACGGAGUUUGACAAAACUUCUGUAAAGGCAGUAUUAUCAUAGAGAGACUGCAAGGAUGGCUCCAAGUUAAAUUGUCCUUAUCAAUUCGAUAACCUGGCGCUGAUCGUGAUGCAUAUCUAAAAGCCAUAAAGCCAUCAGCUCUCUUGUCACAAAUUUAACAAGUAUAUGCUCCCUUGGGUAAUGAUGCAACGAAAUCUAUGCUUUGCUACAGCUUUUGUAUGAGUGGUCUGAAAUGCCUAUUGGUGGCACAAUGGACAAGACUAUUUUGCUUGGGCAUA